AUGGGAAAGAACGAAGACAUCAAGAACGAUAACCCUCCGGCCCACAACCGAGAUUGCCCAGAUCAUGAGAGCAAUCCGUUCGUUGCCUUCCGGCGCUUUGCCGAUGAGCAGGUAUCCACCAUGCUUCAAUCUAUCACGGGCCUCCCUUCAAUGGUAGCCCCGCCUCACAGCGGCCACUGGGAUAUAUUUGCGAGUGACCAUGGCUACGAGAGCAGAUUAGCGAGUCAAAGAACGAGCGAGGGAUCGGACAGGGACCGGAGUUAUCCAUCAGACCGAGACAGUGGAAGUGGAUAUCCGGGCGGAGAUGAUCCUCGCAACUAUGGAAAGUCCUCCCGAUCGCGCUGGUCUGAGAAUGAUGACCCCUGGCACUCUCAAUCGUGGAGAAAGUGGUGUAAUGGACCAUCCGAUUUCUUCGGCCUUGAUUCCUUCUUCGACCGAUUCUGGCUCGAGGACCGCUUUUUCCCUUUCGCUGCACACCUCCUACAUCCUGGUCACACGCUUUUCCUGCCGGAUUUGUUCGAAGAUACGGGCUCGCCAACCUGGCCGAUCGCGUAUAUCAUGUUCAGUCCCUACUCGCCUCUUCAUCUAGAGCGCCAGGCAAAAUACUGGGCGCAUCGCGAGAGGGGUGUCCUCUCAUCUGUCAUGUCAUCCUUGCAUCUCAGCUCCGAUCCCGAUUCUUCUGAACCGCGAUGGCGAGAAGCGUUUGAGGAUUUGCUUCGACUUGAGAAUGGAAAGCCCAUGCUCGAUCGCGAUACCACCACAAAAUCGGAGCCAGGGAAGAACUGGCUACAAGGACUUGUGAAGAGAGGUAGUUUAGGAGAUCAGUGGAAAUACGUGCCUGGCACGGAGGGCCAGCCUUGGUCAGGAAUCACAUUCUCUGGCCAUGCAGACUCAGAUCAGGACCGGUCUCGGUCUGUACCCAAGAAAGAGAACGAUUCCCCUGACAGCGAGUUGGAACUGUAUGAGCGUUUCUUGCAGGACAUUGAAAACCGCGAACGUGAGUUCUUCCGCGGAGCCUCCGAAAGCCCUCUUUUGCGUCUACUUCUCGAGGAGCGACGGCAACAGCAGGAAGAACUUGAGAAAUACAGAAGCAGUGUUCCAAAGCUCGUAGACGAGCACAGCAGCGACGAUAAUGAAAAUUGGAUCGAUCUCGUGUCUGGUGGAAACAAAAAAUCAGUUCCUGAAACACCCAUGGCUUUAUUGGAGGAGACCGAGACGAAGUCCGUGGAAGCUGUAUCAGAACUGGCACCACCUCGUGUCGUCUCCACCAUGACUCGAACGGAACGUGUGCAGCUUGCCGAUGGCUCUGUCCAAACCAAGGUCGUCAAUACCAAACGUUUCGCUGAUGGUCGGGAGGAAUCUGACGAGUCCGUUGAGGUAUCUCACCCCCGGGAAGGUUCCAAGCCUAACUCUGAUGGUUCAAAGAAUGGUUGGUUCUGGAAAGACUAG